AUGACUUCCACGUCCGGAGAAGUCAGCAUUUAUCCCGACCCUUUCACGCACGGAACGGAGACACCGCGAUUCUAUGUCGACUGUGAAGGCUUUCAAGGAACCCAGCCCGUGGCCGCCAAAUACCAACACCGGUGGCACACCAAGGGCCGUCAGUACGUUGUGGAGCCCGCAAAGGGGCAGGAUGCUGUUGAUCGAAUGGACGCGAAAUCCGAAGCUUCGAACGCAGACAGCGAUCCAACUACUCGAGUGGAGCGAGGUUGGCGCGCAGGAGUCGCUGAACCAGCCGCCCUUCCAGCGGCGAUCAUCAUCAUCAAUGCUCCGCCAGAGGGUCAUGGCCGAUCGAUUGCUGAUGAUCUAGAUGCAAUGACAGAUGAGUUCUUCACCGGGGUCGAUCAUGAACUGGAGGCGAAUAACACUCUCCGUCUAAAAGCUGCGCAGAAAGGUGACAAAACGUUAAAGGAGCUCCUGUUGCGGAACUUCUCCAGCGUCCACGUGCACUAUAUCCCAGAUGCGCAGAGCAGGGACCAUUCCAGCCCAGAGCACCUCCACCAACAAAACUCCAGACUCCUUGACCGGAUCCAGGCCGAUAGUGCACGGGUUCAGGCCGCCAGGGCCGAGGCUUGGACUCGCUUCGACGCGAAGCAACUCUCGAUCGUCUUCGACUGCGCCUUUCAACACCUUGCUAGCGGCACUCGCACACCAUUCGACUUUAGCAUGUACCGGCAGGAAAUCGAGCUCCCAGAAACCGUGGAGAGCCACAUAUCACAGUUCCUUCAUCAGACACUCCAAGAGCGGGACCAAGUCGACAGCAACCUUCGGUACGCGGCAGAGGUCAUCGGGUCAUGCUUGGUUCGCCGGAUGAUCAAGCUUGAUCGAGUGAAUAUGCUCUAUGCCCCUGCGUCAAUAUUAAACGACCAGGUCAGACACUGGUGCUCCUCUGCAAUGGAAGAUUUCCUGGAUAAGAAGAUGGCAUGCUCGUACAUCCACCCGCAGACAGGGGACAAAUGCGUCAACACCAAGUUGGGCCACGCCAGAGGCCAUCAAAAAUCCGAUGCAUGCCGCUUAGCAGACGGAGACUUUGUUCCCGGGUCCUGGAGCACAACAGAGUUCUUGAGCCUUGUGAAAGGCAAAAUCGAGACAUUCCUCCUGGAGCUCAACGCUCUAGACCCUGUGUACGAGGUCCGAAGGCAGUCAGCGAUUACCUCCCACGUUAAGACUCUCCAGUCGGUAGAGCACCAGAAAAUUUGGGAAAUGCCUACUGUUGCUGAUAUCCAGGUCUCGUUCAGGCUACCACCCAGCGUGUUGCACACCAUUGUCGCAGGACUCUUUCGUGGUGUGAUGGGCUUGUUUACAUCCCCAAAACGUACAAACACAUGCUUCGUGUGCUUGUUUGGGAGACCUGAAUAUCUUCUGCCUUGUCAGCAUGCCGUGUGUGAGGACUGCUUUUGCGACUUUGGUGAGCGCGACCCAGACUAUCCAGAUAUCAUCUCACUUCAAUCCUGCAUUCUCUGCCGGGACGAUGGCCCAGCAGCGAAGUGGCCUGUCCGGUCCGCGAUCUUGUCUCUGGAUUGUGGAGGCGUGCGGGGGAUUAUUGAGCUCGAAACCCUGAAGCGAGUGGAAAGCUCGAUUGGCAUCGGGUUGCCGAUAUGGGCCUUCUUCGACCUUGUCGUCGGGACUAGUGCAGGAGGAAUGAUUGCGAUAGGACUCGGAGUACAUCGUUGGAGUGUUGGAGACUGUAUCGCCAAAUUCCGCAACAUCUGCGCGUCCGGAUUCGUGGCAAACGGCCUCGCAAACACAUGGGCCAUACGGUGGGUGUACCGAAUGUUUCAACGCUCAAUCUACAAGACGAUACCUCUGGAGACCUCGCUGAGAAAGGCCUACCCAGACCAAGGGUUUUUCGGGCUAUCUCCCGCCUCUCCUUCCGUGCGUGAUGUUGUCCAUCAACCCCGGGUGGCUGUGACGACGACGGUUGGGACCGAAUGCAGGCUUAUCGCAAACUACCAUGCCGGAUCCAAUGAUGAUGAUGGUUAUCUGGAUUCUCGGCUUCUCACUUGGGAAGCUGCCCGAUGUACCUCAGCAGCACCCAUGUAUUUCGAAGAGUACACCCCAACAGCCAUCGGAGCUGCUUGUCGUGAUGGGGGGCUACACUCCAACAACCCUGUCUAG